AUGAUAUCAGAGGUAUAUUUUCUGGUAUAUAUGAGCAAUGUAACACUACCAGGAGUUUCUGUAAUUCAGAAUAUUAAAAGCGCCAGUGGAUGUGGUAUGCUGACUACACUUGCUGAUAAAAUAUCAUUCUUUUAUGACAAGUUGACGGAAACCUGCCUGGUCCAUCCACGAACACCUACUGCUUUAGCUACCAGUUUGAUUUCGAAGCAAGGCUCCACAUAUUAUUUGAGGUAUGUAGACCUACAGUCGUGUGCCCGGGUACAAUUAUGUGACCCUAACUACAACACAGACGGCGAAUACUGGCUAUACCCUGCAAUAUACAACUAUAGACCAGUAAAGAUUUAUUGUAAAGGCAUGAAUACACCAACUCCGUCCGAAUAUCUGACAUUACAAUCUGCAAACUUCGUGAUGUACCCAAACCAGCGGUAUAUAGAUGGUACAUCAUGCUCUUCGGAAUCUUAUAACCAUGAAAAUUCAGGUCGAACAACAUAUUACAAAAUUGGUGUAGAUGUAAAAACGAUGACUAUUAUUGAAACAGAUUCUAACUUCACUCAGCAAAUAAGGGGAGAGGUAAUGAGGUAUGGUUGGGUACAAUCGUGCUCAGGAUAUACAUCAAGCUGUGAUUACAAAGGAAUGGCCGUUAUGAGCGUAACUGAUACUGGUCUUAUACUUAGUGGAAUGAAUGAAUGGAUUAAAUUCGGAACUGAUGGUGAAUUUUCAACAUUUCUGAGAAAUGACCACCAGAUUGUAUUGAAGGGCGAUGGUGAAUGCGGCGGCGGAAAGCCGAAAUAUCCAAUCAAAUUAGAAAUCGAUCCAUCGUUCAAGCCAUCACAUGAUUCGGCCACAGAACCAGUUUGUGUUUAUUGA